GAAGUACCGACCGCCAUGGAAUCCGCUCCAUAGUUUGAUGUAACAGAUUACUGGCCGGGAGAAAAGGGUAUCAGUCUCUACUUUCCUAUGCACGUAGAAACGAUUAUGGAACACUGGAUGUACGAAGAUGAAUUGAGUCCUCCAAAGGUGGGUCAAUGGGCAUUCAUUUCCAGCUAUUAUUAUCUCUUGAAUCGUCGAGUCGCUGUCUUACUAGUGCGAUUUUAGGAAUCCUGUUACACCGAUAGCGUUACAUGAAAAGCAACGCGAAUUACGAAAACAAUCGGUGCCGGCCACUUUGCACGUCUAUCUAUCUAUCCAAUCAACCUUUAUCGCUUAUAAUACCUGACAACAUGGUCUACUCUCGCUCCAUCGUCGCUGCUAUCAUCGCCGCCAGUGCCCUUUCUGCAUUGGCUGCCCCUGUUCCCGAAGGACAAGGCGGAAAGCCGUCAGAGGGCAAAGCUCCUUCGACCGCUGAUCAGAAGGGUCAACCAGCGGGCAGUAAUGAUAUGCACAAACAUGAUGGACCUGGACGUAAUCGCAAUCAUGGUCAUGGGCACCGCAAGCACAGUCAUGGGAAUGAUCCCAUGUCCGCAACACCUGUUGUCGACCUUCCCACCGAUACGACUAGUCCUACUCUUCCUAUUGAGACAGAUUCGUCUUCACCUUCCACUGGAUCUGCUGCUGCUACUGCCGAUGCAUCGCCUACGCACACCAGUUCUUCCGCCAGUUCCCACUCGACGUCUAAAGACACUUCAUCUCCUGACUCAAAAUCUACCGUCUCUGCAUCAUCUACCUCCAAAUCCGAAGCUACUCCUACUCCUCAUGCUGCUGCCUCGCGUCGCGAAGUUCCUGGCGCAGAAGAGCAACGUUCUGAGGGUGCCGAAAACAGUGACAAGAAGAAGAAGAAAAACCACGGCAAUGGCCCCAAGAAGGGGAAGGGUGACAGGAAGAAGAAACAUUCUGGCACUGGAAGCUCUGAAAAGAGCCACGGAGGAGAGAAGGAAAGCUCACCCAAAAAACAGCGCCGCACUAUCCCUGGCCAAGAACAUGGGCAGGGUAAGCAUCAAGAGAAUCAUGCUGGUGGUAGGAAAUCCAACCACGGAGGUGAGAGGCACCCUCGUACUCUUCCCGGUCAAGGACAUAUGCAGGGCGGACAUGAAGAGGAACAUGGACCACUUCAUGCUGACGGUAGAAAACCCAACCACGGGGAUGAGAGGCAUCGUCGCACUCUUCCCGGCCAAGAACAUAGGCAGGGCGGACAUGAAGAGGAACAUGUACCAAUUCAUGCUGGCGGUAGAAAACCCAAUCACGGGGAUGAGAGGCAUCGUCGCACUCUCCCGGGCCAAGAACAGCAGCAUGGACAGGGCGAGGGUGAAGUGGAUCACGCCCAUGGUGGUCCUCCCAGUGAUGAAGGUGAAAACAAUGCUAUGGAAGAUGGUAAGAAGCACGGUGACAAGAAGAAAGGUGCACCUGGCGGUCGGAAGCAGAGGAAUCGGGGAGGGAGAAAGGAUAAACAACAUGGUGGUUCAGGCGGUGAGAAAUCCACUGGUAGAUCCGACGACAAAGAUAAAGAAGUUCCUGGGGCCGAAGAUGGCAAGCCUGAGCGCGAAGGGCGUAAAAGCCAACCACAGAUGGGUCGUCGUUUCCCUCAGGCCUCUGUGAGCUAUGGCGCCGACUUGGAUUAAUGAUUUAGAGGAUUGUAGAUAGUCUUGUGUUUGUUUGGAAUAAAAAUUC